UAUGGGGCGGAUUUCACAGGCCCCCACGGGACCGUGGCCCAGCCCAGAGCCUCCCCGGGAGACAGACUCUUCACGUGUCCCGAGUGCGGGAAGGGCUUCGGCCAGAGCGCGCACCUCAUCCGGCACCAGACGGUGCACACAGGGGAGCGGCCCUACAAGUGCCCCGAGUGCGGGAAGGGUUUCAGCCAGAGCUCGGACCUGACCACGCACCGGCGCGUCCACACGGGCGAGGAGCCCUACGCCUGCGCCGAGUGCGGCAAGCGCUUCGCCCAGAGCUCCAACCUGAUCCGGCACCAGCGCACCCACACGGCCGAGACGCCCUACCGCUGCCCCGACUGCGGCAAGCGCUUCCGCCGUAGCUCCCACCUCGUCAUGCACCAGCGCACCCACACCGGGGAGCGCCCCUACCGCUGCCCCGACUGCGGCAAGCGCUUCAGCCACAGCUCCCACCUGCACCGGCACCAGCGCAUCCACACGGGCGAGCGCCCCUACAAGUGCCCCGACUGCGGCAAGAGCUUCGGCGUCAAGUCCACCCUGGUGACGCACCGGCGGGUGCACACGGCCGAGCGGCCCUACGCCUGCGCCGACUGCGGCCGGGCCUUCGCCCAGAGCUCCACCCUCAACCGGCACCGGCGCACGCACGCGGCCGAGCGCCCCUACCGCUGCCCCGACUGCGGCAAGAGCUUCAUCCAGAGCUCCAACCUGGUCACCCACCUGAUCCUGCACACGGGCGAGCGCCCCUUCCACUGCCCCCGCUGCCAGAAAACCUUCGCCCAGAGCUCCAACCUCAGCCGCCACCAGAGGACCCACGCGGGGCGCCGAGCCCGCCCCUGCCCCGAGUGUGGGGAGAGCGUCCCGCGCGGCGCCGGCCUGUCCGCCCACCAGAGACGCCACGCGGGGCAGGAGACGCCCUCGCCGCCCUGCUAGGGCCGG